AUGGCAACAGCUCCUCCUACUGCAACAAAAACGUUCUAUCAUGAUGAUUUUAAUUAUGGCGUUAACGUAGCACAAGCCGAAAAAAGUAUUCGACUCGCUUUCCUGCGCAAAGUUUAUGGCAUCGUUUGUACUCAGUUACUAUUAACCACUGCUACGUGUGCAUUAUUCAUGUUCGUGCCAACCCUUAAAGCCUUCAUUCAAACCAGCCACGCAAUAGUGUUUAUUUGCAUGGCUUUAACCAUUGUCACUUUGGUUGCCUUGAUGAUGAAACAAAGAGAGGCCCCAACAAAUAUGUACUUACUGAUGGCAUUUGUAAGUUUAGUAUAUUCUUUUACCAUAUAUGACUCCGUUAUAGUCUUAGAAGCAUUCUUCUUAACACUUGCCAUCACUACAGCCCUAACGGCAUUUACUUUUCAAUCGAAAUAUGACUUUAGUGCCUGGGGAGCAGGAUUGAUAUCAAUUCUCUGGAUGUUAAUCGUAGCUGGAUUUUUACAGCUAUUUUUUAAGAGUGAGGCCGCUGAUAUGGUUCUGGCCAUUGGUGGGGCCUUGCUAUUUUGUGCAUUUAUUAUAUUUGAUACUCAGUUGAUCCUAAAGAGGUUGUCUCCAGAAGAUUACAUUAUCGCAGCGAUUAAUUUAUACCUCGACAUUAUUAAUCUGUUCAUCGAGUUGUUGCGAAUACUAAAUCACCUAAGCAAUCGUGGAUAA